AAUAGUGUGAGACGUGUAGUUUGACUCUGCUUUGCCACGUCUCACUAAAUGAUGUAAUCUGUCCGCUCGGGCCGCUGCACUCACAGCUCCUCUAUCAGUCGCCGGUGUCUCAGCUCGGUUCCGAAGCCUCCGGCACGUAGCCUCGGCCCCGCUUUAACCGAACCACGCAUUCAGCGGUGUCCUCUUCGCCCGCAAGGCCCAGCUGCUGACUGGUUAGGACCGUUUCCUGGUUGCAACUGCGGCCAUUUUGGAUUUUCACAGAGACCGCGGGCAGUCGGGUCGAGCCUUCAGGAGCAGAACAAGCUGGUCGUCUUCCCCGUUUUUCCCUGGUUGACAGUCCGCGGACGGAGACGCCACGAUGAACCCUGAGUAUGACUAUUUAUUUAAGCUCCUCCUCAUCGGUGACUCUGGUGUAGGAAAGUCUUGCCUUCUCCUGCGGUUUGCGGAUGACACGUACACAGAAAGCUACAUCAGCACGAUCGGUGUGGACUUUAAGAUCCGGACCAUAGAACUGGACGGGAAGACCAUCAAGCUCCAGAUUUGGGACACAGCGGGCCAGGAGAGGUUCCGGACGAUCACAUCCAGCUACUACAGAGGAGCACAUGGCAUCAUUGUGGUCUACGACGUCACAGACCAGGAGUCCUUCAACAACGUCAAACAGUGGCUGCAGGAGAUCGACCGCUACGCCAGCGAGAACGUCAACAAGCUGCUGGUGGGGAACAAGUGUGACUUGACCACCAAGAAGGUGGUGGACUACACCACAGCUAAGGAGUUUGCCGACUCUCUGGGAAUCCCUUUCUUGGAAACGAGUGCCAAAAAUGCCACCAAUGUGGAGCAAGCCUUCAUGACCAUGGCUGCUGAGAUCAAGAAAAGGAUGGGCCCCGGAGCCACCGCUGGGGGCGGAGAGAAGCCCAACGUGAAGUUGGGUCCAGGCACUAAUGUGAAGCCUUCAUCAGGAGGCUGCUGUUGAGUCCCACCCCACACCAAGUUUCCACUGUGUCCCACUACAGCAGCAGACAGGACGGGGGGAGCCCAGAUGUGUGUGUGUUUGGACCAGAUGAGGUUUCUACUGUACAUACUGUAGCCGCUCUACCAAAAGAAAGAAAAGCAUAAGAAUCUCUCUGGUCUCAAUGACUUGGACCUGUCAGGCUCGUUGAUUGGCCCUGCCUGUGAAUACAGCUUCAUGAGAAGUCUUUGUUUGGGUUUUUUUUUUUCUUGGUUCUCCUCUCUUCGUUCCGUAUGUCUCUCUGACCCAGUCUGCUUUUUAAAUUUUCACACCCAUCUUCAUCUCAGACCUUUUGGAAGUCUUGUGCAGCAGCAGUAUAUGUACAUAAGCAUUAUGUAUAUAUGUGUGUGUGUGUGUGUGUGUGUGUGUGUGUGUGUGUGUGUGUGUGUGUGUGUGUGUGUGUCGGGCCAGUUCUGUUUUACAUAUUUCUGGGCCGGUCUGUAUCUCUGCAUUUGAUUAUUGGCUGAAGACUGUAAGUUUCUUGCUCAACAUGUAACACUUAAUCAGAAAAUAAAUAUUGUACUUCCAUCUUGUACC